AUGACUAACACAGUAUUUCUAUUAGAAAAUUUACCUAAUGAAUUAAUUAUUGAAUUAUUGAAAUAUUUCAAAGCUCAGGAACUUUUUCAAUCAUUUUAUAAUCUCAAUAUUCGUUUUAAUUCUUUAAUUCAAUCUCUAACUCAUCUGAUUUAUUCAACAAAACAAAAUGAUAAUCAUAUUUUGUCUUAUCCAUAUAUUCGUACGUUAAUUAUUGAUACUAAAAUUCAAGAUCAACUUAGAUAUUUUACAAAUAUUCGUCGUCUUAUUUUGGAUUAUGCAACAGAUGAUUUUAUAUUACAAUUCAAUGGAAAUAUUUUACCUAACUUAGAAUAUUUAUCCAUAUACCAUAAAAUUCAUCCAUUUUAUAUGCCGGAUUUACGUAUGAAAAUUUUUUCAAAUACAUUUCCUAAUUUAAAAUAUUGUUAUAUAUCACGAAUGCGACCACCAUGUACAAUUCAAGAUUGGACACAAUCAUUCUCAUUACGAUUUUUAAAAUUAAAUGAUAUUAAUUCAUUUAUUUAUAUAUCAAUUCUUCAAGCAUGUCCAAAUUUAUAUUUUCUAAAAUUUAAAUUACCAAUUAAAUCCAAAAUACAAUCAAAUAUUAUAAAACAUAUGAAUCUUAAACGUUUAAUAAUAAAUAUGAAUUAUGAUGAUUGGCCUUGGGAUGAUACUAUUUUAGAAGAUUAUUUGUUAUGUGUACCUAAUCUUGAACAUUUUCGAAUAAGUCGAUCAAUAACAAUAGAUGAAAAUACAAUACAUUAUUUACAAUGUUAUGAUUGGCUUUUAGGGAUAAUUUCUAGUCAUUUAUUUUCACUUUAUCAAUUUAAGUUUGAUUUAUGUGUCAACCGGUUUAAUCAAUUAAAUGAAUUAGAUUUUCAAGAUAUAUGUUAUCGUUUGAAAACAAAAUUUAAUACAGUUUAUCAUGGUCGAUAUGAAAGUCGAUUGGUAGUUUUUUGA